CGCCCGGCCGCGCCCGUGCGGGGCCACGCGCGGGACUGGUGGCUGUACGCGCUCUCCUGCCACAUUCCCGACCACCGCUGGACCGAGCCUAAGCCGACGUGGGAGUCGUGCCUGGAGCGUGGCCGUCAGUCCCGGCAGUACGUGGCGGCGUGCCUGGUGACGCUGAGCAACCCGGCCGCCACGCUGCCCGCCGACCGCAAGGCAGCCAAAGAUGAGUUCGAGUGGCGCACGCCGCUGCCAUUGCUCAAGGCUUUGAGAGAGGUGGCGAUGCACAAGGUGCCAAAGUCGAGUCCGGCGUCGACGCCGGAUAAACCGGGCAGCUCGGGGCGUAGCAUGCUGGUGCACUGGUUUCCGCAGUGGUGGGGCUGGUACGGUGCGCCGCAGGAUACGCCCCCAUCCGCUGCGCCUGCUCCCGCCCCCGCUCCCGCCCCUGCCCCUGCCCCUGGUGACCUCGAAGAAGAGAUCCUCGACGUCAUAGCUGACUCUUUGGACAAUAACACCAUGCUGAAGAGGGAUACCGUGUUCGGGAAGUUCGAGUUUAUAUUGAACAAAGGCUCACUCAACCUCUGCAUGGAGACUGAGGCUGACGAAGACAAAGGAGUGCCGGAGGCUGCGGAGGGCAGCGAGGGCGCGGAGGGCGUGGAGCUGCAGUUCUCGUGCGUGCGCGUGGGCAUCGAGUCGCGGCCGCGCGCCGCGUCGCACGCGCUGCACGUGUCGCUGGGCGCCGUCUGCCUGCGCGAGCGCAUCACGCCCAACACACUCUUCCCCAUACUCAUCGCGCCACAGGGUGUAAUCCGCGAGGGGCUGAGCUCGCUGAGCGCGUCGGGCGCGGCCAUGGCGUGGUGCCGCGCGCACUCGCAGGCCGGCGCCAGCAUCCCGCACUCCCAGCAGGAGCCUCUCUUCCAACUCACUUACGAGAAGAAACCCUUCGGCAUGAACUGCGACUACAAGCUGUGGGUGAAGUCAGCGUCGCUGGAGGUGGUGUACAGCGCGGCGGCGGCGCGCUGGGCGCAGCAGUGGCUGAGCGCGCCCUGGGCGCGCGCCUACGCGCACGUGCGCGAGUCCACGCGCGCGCGCCUGCGCACGCAGUGGGAGCACAUGCUGCACGCGCACCCCGGCGAGCGCCGCACUUGGCAAGUGGAGCUGGACAUCUCGGCUCCUCAGAUUCUGUUCGUGGAAGAGCUCUGCUCGCGAGACUCUGCAGUUCUAGUGGUUGACUUCGGCAGGCUGCGGCUGGCUAACGCUAACCUGGCAGAAUGCGCGCCGCACACCCCGCCCGAUGAUGAGGAAAUGUUCAUGACUCCCUGCUCGACGCCCCCGGGCAGCCUGCUGUCCCCGAGCUCGCCCCCCGACCCGCCGCCCCAGAACCAGGCGCAGCCGGCGCUGGACGCCACCAACCUACACAACCGCCUCUACGACAGGUACAAGAUAGAGCUGAGCGACCUGCAGAUCCUGGUGGGGCGCGCGCGCGACAACUGGAAGUACGCGCACACCAAGAGUACCUCCUCGCUGCACCUGCUGGACCGGUUCAGCAUCCUGCUGCAGGCGGAGCGGCGCGUGGUGCAGACCAGCGACCCGCAGUACCCGUCGGCCACCGCGUGCGGCUCGUUGCCGGCGCUGGUCGUGCACCUCAGCGAGCACAAGCUGUUCGCCGUGCGCGCCGUGCUCGCGCGCUGCGCCCUGCUGCCCGCCAGCGGCCGCGAGCCGGCCAGCCCCGUGCAGGAGCCGGCGGACGACGUGGAGGAGAGCAGCGUGAGCUCGGAGACGGAGCGCUCGGAGCUGUCGCAGCACCACAACUCGACGCUGUUCAUGCUGCAGUUCGCGAUAGAGCAGAUGUCGCUGGAGGUGCAGUCCAUGGGGCGCAGCAUCGCGGAGGUGCAGGUGUGCGGCGUGAAGGCGGCGGCCACGGGCCGGCCGCGGGACCUGGCGCUGUCGCUGUCCGUGCACUCGCUGCUGCUGGUCGACGCGCUGCAGACCUACGGGCCCGACUUCGAGCUGCUCGUCGCCAGCCACAAGCAUGUCGGCAUGGACACGAUGUCGGGCAGUAUCCGCGGCUCGGAACCGACAUCCCCGACGUCUCCGACGUCCCCCACGUCUCCCACGUCCCCACAGGGCCUGGCGUCCCCGGAUGCGCGGGGCGCCCGGGGCCCGCACGGCCUGGCGCACCCGCACGCUCUGCACCAGGCCCUCAACUCGUUGCACUACAACAGACAAGAGUCCCAGUGUCCCACCGAGCCGACGGACCCCGGGCGAGCCAGCCCGGCGCCUAGCUGGAUGUCUGGUACCGGCUUCAACUGGAAUGGCAGCAGCAUGUUUGGGGCCGACUGGGGCACGUGGAGCGGGGCCAACUGGGGCCCCACUGCCACCAACUGGGGCGCGGCCGGGCUCGUCGAUUCUGAAGCACUUAUAGCCGUCGAUUUAUGCAUCGUCAAGGGUGACGCCGAUUCAGAAGAUUUAAGGAUAGCUAAUAUUUUGUUUAACAAUCUUGAUAUUAUUGCCAAUCAAGAGACCAUAGUCGAGUUGAUCGGCUUCACACAGCGCGUGAUGGGGCCGAAGACGGCCCCUAAGAAGCAAUCCACUGAGAGCAACCAGUCGGAGCCUGCUGCGGCUGCCGCCUACAGUUACCCUGCGCCUGAAGACGAACCUAAGCGCUCGGUGCGCACGGAGAUAACGUUCGACUUCCACCGGCUGGGCGUGCUACUGCUGCGCGCCGCGCUGCACGACGGGGCGCUCGUCGCGCGCAAGAUCGCCACCGCCACCAUCAGCGAGGCUCGCAUCCAGGCCACCGUGGAUGGCAGCCGCGUGGAGGUGGGCGGGUCGCUGGGCGGCGUGGGCGUGGUGUCGCUGUGCGAGGGCGGCGGCCUGCACACGCGCGUGCUGGCGGCGGGGCAGGCGGGGCGCGCGGACGCGGCCGACGCGGAGGACGCCAAGGCGCUGCAGUUCAGCAUCGCGCGGCAGCUGCGCGAGGGCGCCGUGGAGGCCAGCGUGGCGCUGCACGUGGCCAGCGUCUGGUACACGCACUCGGGCCCGCUGCUGCGCGAGCUGCGCUCCUGCCUCACGGAGUUCAAGCAGUACCUGGCCAACCUGGCGCGCUCCAUCCGCGCCGCCGCCGCAGACAUGGCCAUCGGCCUCGUGCACCCCAGGGGUGAGUCAUUGUACGUGAACCCAAAGCUGUCGCAGUCGACGGAGGGCGUGUCCCCGCGGCGGCGCACGGUCAGCCUCGGCGCCUCGCUGGACGAGCCCGCCGCGCUCAAAGCCGACAACAUCGUGCUCAGCGUGAGCAUCGAGCUGGAGUCGCCGGUGGUGGUGGUGCCGCGGCACGCGCACAGCACGCAGGUGUUCGUGGCGCACCUGGGCCGCAUGAGCCUGAGCAACCGGCCGGGCGCGCCGCGGCGCACGCGCUACAAGGUGCGCGUGCGCGACAUCUCGCUGGCGUCGCUGGACGUGGGCGAGCGCCUGCGGCGGCAGGCGGCGUGGCCGGAGUCGGCGCUGGACGUGUACGACGCGGCCGCCGGCAAGCCCGUGCUGCACAACACCGCGCUGCGCCUCUCCAUCAACUACUGCGACCCCGCCGCCGGCUCCGACGCCGACUACCAGUGCGAGGUGCACGGCAGGGUAGUGGGCGGGCUGCACGUGUCAGCGCGGCGCGAGCAGUACGAGCAGCUGCUGGAGACGCUGCGCUGGGUGAGUUCGGAGACGCCCGACGUGGCCGACAGCGGCAGCCCCGCGGGCCCGCAGCGCGAGGCCGGCGCCCUGCUUGAGGGCGCCGUGCGCACGCUGCAGCUGGACCCCGCCGUGCGCGCCGCCGUGCUGGCCGUGCCGCCGCCGCCCGCGCGCGCGCCGCCCGCGCCGCUGGCGCCGCUCACAGGUACGCGCCGCCCCGUUUAUUUCAUUAAAAAUCGUACUAUUUGUCCGAUGUUUUUGCAAUAA